UCAAACAUACUGCUGGCUUUCAUACCGGCGGUGCGUAUGCCGCAUCGCGAUUACAAUCAAACAAAGUUGUCACAGAGUAUCCCUAUCCAAAUGGGUUUUUGACCAAUCCUCCGCAGCUACUUCAAUUUCUCUCUGUCCCGUAGCGGCCGCAGAUCACCCUUCAUUCGCCGGAAUCUGUACGGAUGAUGCUACUCAUCGUCUUCCUACUAUCUCUCAUCUCUCCCCCCACCUUUGCUGUCGACUUCCUCUUCAAUUCCUUCAAUGGGAUCGUUAAUUCCACCAACCUCACGCUCAUCAACGACGCGCUGCUCGACUCCUCCGUCGUCCGUCUCACCAACGAUUCGAACCAGUACUCCUACGGCCGAGCCUUCUAUCCCACCAAGCUCUCCAUGAGACCCACCGCGAAUUCCUCCACGAUUUCUUCGUUUUCAACCUCGUUCGUGUUCUCGAUACUGCCCAAGAUUUCCACAAGUCCUCAAUUCGGCCUCGCCUUUGUUCUGUCCAACAGUACUUCCCCACCGGGCGCGCUUGCUAGCCAGUACUUUGGGCUUUUCACCAACGCUACUGUUCCUACCUUGGCGCCCCUUUUGGCGGUUGAGUUUGAUACGGGACGAAACCCCGAGUUCAAUGACCCGGAUGAUAAUCACAUCGGCAUAGAUCUCAAUAAAAUCAUAUCGGCCAAGACCCAGCCGGCCGGUUACUAUAAUUCGACCGGGGGUUUUGUCCCCGUCCGAAUGCGGACUGGUCAGAAUAUACGAGCUUGGAUCGAUUUUAAUGGUACCGACUUCGAAAUCAAUGUUACCAUAGCGCCGAUUGGUAUGUCUCGUCCGUCUAAGCCCACGCUUACUUUCAAGGAUCCGGUUAUAGCUAAUUAUGUUUCGGCUGAGAUGUAUGUUGGAUUUUCUGCGUCGAAGACUGAAUGGAUUGAGGCACAGAGGGUUUUGGCUUGGAGCUUGAGCGACACGGGAUUUGCUAGGGAAAUAAACACGACCAACUUGCCCCUUUUUGAGCCUGAAUCGUCGUCUAAUUCUAUGUCAACUGGGGAAAUUGCUGGGAUUACCCUGGGUUGUGCUGCCUUUGUGAUCAUUUGUGCAUCUGGGUUUUACUUGUUUUGGCGAAAGAACAAAUUGCGAGAUGAAGAGGAUGAGAUCGAAGAUUGGGAGCUUGAAUACUGGCCGCACAGAUUUUCCUACGAGGAGCUUAGCGAGGCCACUGAUGGAUUCUCCAAUGAUGACCUUCUCGGCUCGGGUGGAUUUGGCAAAGUCUACAAAGGAACUUUGACAAACAACACGGAAGUAGCAGUCAAAUGCGUGAACCACGAUUCGAAACAAGGGCUGAGAGAAUUCAUGGCAGAGAUAUCCAGCAUGGGCAGGCUCCAGCACAAGAAUCUUGUCCAAAUGCGUGGUUGGUGCAGAAAAGGCAACCAACUCAUGCUUGUCUACGACUACAUGCCCAAUGGAAGCCUCAACAAAUGGAUUUUCGACAAGCCUACGAAGCUACUCGGCUGGGAACAUCGCCGCAGAGUGCUUGCCGACAUUGCCGAAGGCCUGAACUAUCUUCACCACGGUUGGGACCAAGUGGUAGUUCACAGAGACGUUAAGUCCAGCAACAUACUACUAGACUCGGACAUGCGAGGUAGGCUCGGAGACUUCGGACUCGCCAAGCUAUACCAGCACGGUGAAGUCCCCAACACAACGCGCGUGGUCGGGACUUUAGGCUACUUAGCGCCCGAGCUCGCAACUGUGGCCUCACCCACGUGGGCCAGCGACGUGUACAGCUUUGGAGUGGUGAUACUCGAGGUGGCUUGUGGGAGGAGACCGAUAGAGAUGGCGGCGACGGAGGAAGAGGCGGUGCUGAUAGACUGGGUGAGGGAUCUGUACGUUAGCGGGAAGGUGGGUGAGGCGGCGGACCCGAAGAUGAGAGGUGAAUAUGAGGCGGAGGAGAUGGAUAUGGUGCUCAAGCUUGGGUUGGCUUGCUGUCACCCUGAUCCCCAACGGAGACCCACCAUGAAGGACGUGGUGGCAGUAUUGGUGAGCGAGCAGGAUGCCGCUGCUCCGGCGGAUUUGCUGUCAGACUUGGCACGCGGCGACAAUACCAUCGGUGGUGGUUUAGGCGAUGGCGAGGCAGAGGAGGUGGCGCCGCUGCGACCUGCGGUGUGAAUGCCUUUCUUUUUUUUUUUCAAAAUUUCUUUUUGUUAUAAAAGUAUUUAUUGUGAAUGGUCUUCACUGACUUCUGAGAAUUGACCCACCAUUUUAUUUUCCACGACGUAGUUCACAUUACUGUCUUUUUUUAAUGUAAAAAAAAAAAAAACAAAAAACAUUUUUAUGCA